CCGGAACCGGGUCCGGGUCCAUUUGAGUUGUAGAGACAAAAAAAAAGAAAAUUUAGAAUUGAGUCGGAAGAGUUGUUGAUCGAGAAUGGAGAUGGAGAGAAAGACGAAGGAGAUGGAGGAGAAGUUGUGCCGGAGGUGCAAGGGAAGCUACAGAGACUCCUCGAACAACGCUUCAUCUUGCCGUUUUCAUCCUUCCUUCUUCGUUUGUCGUCGCCAUGAUGACCAGAAAAGGUACUAUGAAUUGGGACCAGAAGAUCCACCAUAUGCAGCCAAGUUCUACGAUUGCUGCGGUGCAGAGGAUCCUAAUGCACCUGGUUGUGUCACCAGCCCUCACAUUUCAUAUGACGACUGAACUCUUUCAUUAUGCCUGUGUUUUAAAUUUCUAUAAACAUCAUGUAAAUAAUCUCAUGUACCAUAGUGUUCACCUCGUGGAAUGAAAUAAUUGGCUUGUGACAUUGCGUGGUUACUGUCUUUGGACCACCUUCAGGGUUGUACACAGCCAGAGUGAAUUGUUUAGCUUGAAGCUUGCUUCGAUGA